CAUGGAAGCUUGGUGAUUUUGAUAAGGUUUAUAUUGAGUUAACAAAAGAUGUUGCCUGUUUGCUCUGCCACUCAGUGUUGUUCCUCUCAUUCUCAGGGAAGGAAGACGCCAUACUUAUUGAUGUCCAGCCUGAGGCAAGAGAGUUCUCAGAGAAAGAGAUGGCAUUCCUGAUCUUAGGCGAGCCGCUCGGUUUCGCUAUGCAAGACAGGUACCAGAGACCAUACUUGGUCCAAGGUGGCUUCCAGUCUUGGGUAAAACAAGGUAUCCAAGUCAAGGAGCUUAAACCUGAGACCGUGCUAACCAUACUUAAUGAGGGUUUUGCUGCAGCAUCAUAUGCAUUGCUAGGUUUGCACAUUUGCUUCCUCAUGGACAGGCUCUCUAUUACUUUUCAAGAACAACUCCCCAAAAUGUUGAAGAGUUCAGUUAGUGGGAGAAGACCUUACAAUUUGUUGCCAUCAUUGGCAUCAGUCAGGCGUUUGCUCUCUUCUGUUAGACUUGGAGUCCAGGCAUUUUCAUGUGCAGCAGGAAAACUGGAAAACAACCGCAUUGGUUUACCUACAUCACCUUCAUCUUCAGAUGUUCAAAACCGGGGGCUGAAAGCUGAAUCCCAACCAUCUGAAACUAAAGUUCAGAAUCCAUCACCUGAAUCAGUGACUCCAUUAAAUGAGAAAGUAGAUCUUUCAGAAGCAUAGGCAUCGAGGCGGCAUUUACUGGAGUGUGGUGUAUAAUUCUGAUAACUUAACUGAGCUGUACAUGUACAAAGAAUAAGAAACAUUCUAUCAGUGCUAACCUCUUGGAAAACAAAUUUUGUAUGUUAAUACCAGAUAAAAGAACAAGUUUUGUACAUUUCUCUAA